AUGAGCUCUUCCAACUGCAGAUUUUACGAAAACAAGUAUCCCGAAGUGGAUGAAGUUGUUAUGGUGAAUGUUCAAGAAAUUGCUGAAAUGGGUGCUUAUGUUAAAUUAUUAGAAUACGAUAAUAUUGAAGGGAUGGUAUUAUUAUCAGAAUUAUCAAGAAGACGUAUUCGUUCCAUUCAAAAGUUAAUUCGUGUUGGUAAAAAUGAAGUUGCUGUUGUUUUAAGAGUUGAUAAAGAAAAAGGGUAUAUUGAUUUAUCAAAAAGAAGAGUCUCAGCUGAAGAUAUCGUUAAAUGUGAUGAAAAAUAUAAUAAAUCUAAAUCAGUUCACUCUAUUUUAAGACAUUGUGCUGAAAAAUUCAAUAUUCCAUUAGAAACUUUAUAUCAAUCAAUUGGUUGGCCAUUAAGUAGAAAAUACGGUCAUGCUUACGAUGCUUUUAAAUUAUCAAUUACGGACCCAACUAUUUUUGAUUUAGUUGAACCUCCAACUAAAGAUGUUUUGGAAGAAUUAAAAUUAUACAUUUCAAGAAGAUUAACUCCUCAAGCCAUUAAAAUAAGAGCUGAUGUCGAAGUUUCUUGUUUCAGUUAUGAAGGUAUUGAUGCCAUUAAAAAAGCUUUAAAAGCUGCUGAAGAUGAAUCAACUGAACAAAUGCAAGUCAAAGCUAAAUUGGUUGCUGCUCCUUUAUACGUCAUUUCUACUCAAGCUUUAGAUAAAAAUCAUGGGGUCCAAUUAUUAGAAAAAUCUAUCGAAAAAAUAACUGAGUCUAUCGAAGCUGCCGGUGGUAUUUGUAAAGUUACUAUGGCUCCAAAAGCUGUUACUGCCACUGAAGAUGCUGAAUUACAAGCCCUUUUGGAAAGAAAAGAAGCCGAAGAAAAUGAAUCUUCUGAUGAAGAAGAUUAAGUCUUUAAUUAGUGUAUUUUUAUAAAUAGAUAUCAAUAAAAA